CCGCCGGAGUACGGUUCGAGAUGCCAUAGUGCACGGACGCGUUUUUUUUUGCAGCUAGUUUCUUGAUACUUAUAAAUAACGGAAUUCAGGCAAAUACUUGACUGGCGAAGAAGACGAAACGGUGUUUAUACGUCCAAAGGGAUUAGAUAUAGAAACUUCUGAUUGCUGAAACCAAAAAGGCCCGCUAAAGCGGGCGCAACCCCCAACAUAACCUGCACCUGCGUGUGCGGUUAAUCGAAAAAAUGGGAGAUCACCCACAAAAUCUUCCGAGAGUGCUAAGACCACCUCGGACGUAUGCUACUUCUGGCCUUAAGCUUAAUAAUAGGCAUAACACCCGCGUUACCAAAAAUGGCCUGAAUCCAAAGAGGAACUCACUGAUACAAGCAAGACUUAACCACACUAAAAGUUCGAACAACUUAGAUCAAAUUAACACAACAGCCAAAGGUGAUGACCUAAAGGAUACAAAAAUGGAAACUGAAGACAUAUCGCUCGAAGAAAUCGAAAAGAUUAUCCAUACACCAAAUGACAAUAAAACCCUAAUACAGAGUCAACCGAUAACAGAGACAAACACGAGCAGCUUAGACCAGCGCAAUCACGAAUCCCAGAACACGUCGCACGAAAACUCAAAAGCUGACAGUGAAAGGAAGAGACCUGCCGAAUUUAGAUCGCCAGAGUCAUCAUCCCCCAACAAUCAAAGAUUCAAGAAAAAACCUUACAACGACAAUGCUAGAAAAAAUCUAUUCAAUGACCACUCUUUACCGACCGAUCCCAAUGAUAACAGAAAUGAUAAAGAUUUACCAUCAGAGUACGACAUUAACAUACAAGGACCAUACAAAAUCUACCUACAAUCAAUUGACAAUGAUAGACUAGAUGCUAUAAAGAUUGCUAAAUCCCUAAUUCCAAAAAUUGAAAUCAAAGACUCCUUACAUGAAAUAAAACAAUUAAGCUAUAAUAAAGUUUGUGUUAUAGCCAAAUAUAGAAAUAUAGCCAACCUUAUCUUAAACUUGACAGAUUGGAAGGAUCUAAAAAUCCGUGCGUUCAUCCCAAACCAUCUGCUUUCAAAGCAAGGAAUCAUUAAGGGUAUUCCAGUAGAAAUAACUGAUGAUGAAUUAAAACAGUUCAUCGAAUUAGACUCUCCUUUUGGUCCACUCCAGAUCACACACACACGAAGAUUCACGAAAAAGAUAUACAACAAAUCAACCGAUAAAGUAGAUAUCCUCCCAACAAAAACAGUUCAAAUAACAGUGAAAGGACAAUUUCUACCGGCAGAGGCUAAGGUCUUAAAAGUAAUUUACCCAAUUGAAACAUACUACCCGCAAGUAAGACAAUGCUACAGAUGCUUUAGAUUUGGUCAUAUCAAAAACAAUUGCAAAGCCCCAAAUGAAAGAUGCAUCAGAUGCGGUGAACCAAAACAUACAGAUGGAAAUGAAUGUCCAUACAUUAACACACAACCUACAUGUUUACACUGUAAACAAAACCACCUCCCAAUUGACAAAAGUUGUCCUGCAAAAAUUGAAGAGCAAAACCUAAAAAACAUGGCAACAGAUCAAAACAUUACAAUAGCCAAGGCUGCGUUCUAAGCCCGACCCUCUACCUCAUUUAUGUUAUCUAUCUCAACCGACACAUUAAUCCUAAAAACAAUAUCAUACAAUUCGCAGACGACACAAUAAUAUUUACAAACAAUAAAUCUGUAGAAGAAGGCCUAGCUACAUUACAAAACAACACAACUGAGAUUAUCAACUUUUUCCAAUCCAUAGGACUAGAUAUAGCUCCGAAUAAAACACAAUUGAUCAUCUUCUCCAACAAAAAUAUAGAUCCCAACAUAUCUAUCACCAUAAAUAGACAUAAAAUUAAAAAUGAACAAGCUGUUAAAUACCUUGGAGUAUGGCUCGACUCCAAACUAAACUGGAAUACACACGCACAAAAUCUUAUUGAAAAAAUACAAAAAACUAUAAAUAUUAUAAAAGUCUUGAGAACGACUUGGUGGGGAGGACAUCCUCAAGUACUCCUCAAUGUCUAUAAAGGUUUGAUUAGAAGCAUCACCGAUUAUAACUGUUUCUGUAUAAAUAUCAAGAAUCCAAAACUAAGAGAAAAAAUCAACAAGCUACAAUACAAAGCAAUCAGAUUGGCACUAGGAUAUAGAAACUCUACACCUAUCAAUGUCAUGCUGGCAGAAUCCAAAGAAGUCCCCAUAACAACCAGAACGGAGUACUUAGCAGACAAACUAGCGGUCAAGAUCAUAUCAAUAGAAUCAGAUAGACUUUCUAACAUGCUCUGCGAAUUAUUUGUCCUAGCAAGAAAUAAAAACAAAAUUUUCACCGUAAGCUCUUUCCCUUUAUUCAAAUCAUUUAUACACUACUUUUAUCACAGAGGUCACUUUAUCAAAAAAUUUAACUUACCACUUCCUUACCCAUACAAGCUUGAAACAAUGCUAAAUGACAAAGAGGACGAGAUCAUCUCAAUAAAAGAAGGUUCUAUCAUACAAAAAUCAGAAAACCCCAAUACUGCAUUUGAGGAGAUGUUUUAUAAUAACCCAUCCGAAGAAACGGUUGACUUUUUUACUGACGGUUCUAAAACAGAAGACAAAAAUCACACAGGAGCAGCAAUUUAUUCACCAUACAAUAAUCUCGAAAAAAAAUUCAAAUUCAACAAAAUUGCAUCCAUAUUUACAGCUGAAGCAUUUGCUAUUUUACAAACACUGAAAAUAGUACUAAACAAAAAUAUAAAAACUUCCAGAAUUUUUACUGAUUCCCAGUCAGUCCUACAAGCGAUUAAAUAUUUCUCCCCACUAAAAACAAAAAAUAUGUCUUAUCUUAUUCUAGACAUAAAAAACCUAUUAUACGAGAUUAUAAACAAAAAACUAAAACUGAAAAUUUACUGGAUACCCGCUCAUAAAAACAUUACAAAUAACGAAAUAGUAGACAAAUUAGCUAAAGAUGCCAUUACAACAGGUGAUCAAGUUGACCUAAAACUUCCAUACACUGAUAUGUUUGAAGAAAUCAAAAAAAAGGAACACAAAAGCUUCAGAAAAAAACUAGACCACGAAAAAACAUACAAGGGUAAACUAUACUUCGAAAAUUAUUAUGAAGAUACUCCAAAACCCUGGUUUUAUAAAACCAUUGCUAACAGAUAUCAUAUAACAACAAUUAACAGAAUUCGUUCAAACCACUACUCUCUAGCAGAGAGUCUAUUCAGGAAAAACCUAACCGACUCAGAAGAAUGCAAAUGCGGAUUCCUCACAGAAGAUUUAGAUCACGUUAUAAAUGAAUGCCCGCUCUAUAUUAAAGAGAGAGCAUCCCUACUUAAAAAAUUAAAAAAAAACAAAUCAACAAUUCCUUUAGACUUGAAAAAAACAUUUAAAAUGCCUAACAGCAUAGAAGCAAAAUUUCUAACAGAAUUUUUCAAAGCCUGUAAUUUAGCUUUAUAAUCAAAAAUUUACACAUUAUGUAGAUGAUUUCACCUGACUUAUUCUAUAAGAUGUAACAGAAAAACCACGGUGCUGAUCAAUAAUCGGCCUCGAGAUACCUUACUGCCAAACCAAAAACAAAAUCGCCGCCAACUACAAUAACAGACCAUAAUUCAAAUUAUUACCGGGUGAUGGCAGCACGAGUCUAACUCAUUGCCAAGAAAAAAAAAGAAGAAGAAGAAGAAGAUUUCCCCGCCACCCGGAAAAAAGCAGUUGGGGUCGGCGUUUUGACCCUUGUGGUCCAGCCGGGGAACGAAGUAACAUUCGCUCCGAACAAUACAAAAAAAAAAAAAAAAAAAAUACACGUAGUCCGUGCGAGUGAAAAGUAUAAACAUUAUUUGUAGCAGUGAUGUAAAUACUUUGGGCUGUUUAUACAAUUAUUGAAUGUAAUUUUUUUACAUAAAAAAGGAUCAUUAUUUAUGUGUAUCUGCACAAAAUGGCAAAUAAACUUAAUGACAGGGAACCUCAUGCUUAUAUUUACAUAAUUCCACCUAAAACUUAAGGAGUACAGUUUCAAAGAAAAAUUGAUUAUAAGAAGUACCUUGAAGAUCCAAAAUAUUAUGCAGAUCAACAAUUGAAGUAUAGGGAUGAUGAAGGAAACAAAAAGAAUUGUUUUGUGUUGUAUGCAAUAGACAGUCUCGUUUUGGUACAAAUCAAAGUGAAUUCGCAGAAAAGAUUUCGAGUACCUAGUUCUAGGCAUUAAAAAAAAUCAAAAAAACAAGAAAGUUCUAAUCAAAUUUUGUUAAAGUACAUUCAGACUUUUGGAACCACUGAUAACACUGAUGAAUCGCUGAGUUAUGAAAAUCAUGAUUCUGAUCCGGAUCUUCCCAAUGGUUUACUUUUAUCAACAUUUUUGAAGGAUGUAACAAAUCGUGAUAAUAAACAGGUGCAACCCGCUACUGUUAAUAAGAAUAAAGAAAAUAGAAACAACGAUGAGAAUCCACAUUCUAAGCGUGUAGCUGCUGUGAAUGCAUAUAAACAGCAAGUUAUUUUUUUGCAAAAUAAGUGUAAAGAUGCUGAAACUGAAAUACAGAACUGGAAGGAAAAAUAUGAUAAACUAGUCAAAGAAAAAUCUUCAAUGCCAGGACUGUCAGAUUCCUGAUUAAUGACAUACUACGACCAACUGUACAAGUAUGAUGGUCCUUUUCAAAUGACUGAUGAAUCGGAGACUGUAACCCUUUUAAACGGAGUAGAAUGCAAAAAGAUAGCCUAUAAAGAUGCAUUUAAAUCGUCAAAACCAAUUCAAGUAAUAAAAAAA